CCCGGACCGUAUUUGGUGUUUCUCCAAUCCUGCCCAUUUACUUCCCCUCCUCCUUUGGCGCAGGACCCGGCUUUGAAUGUCCUGUAGCCUCUUAUGGGGAUUUCAGUGAAUUACUGGCUAUUUUGGCUCGUGUCUGCACGUCAGAUCUUGUAGCUGCAGGAUAUGGCUGCUCUUACACGUGCAGUGUCAGGUUUCUCGCUUGCUGGCCCCUCCACCACCCCACGGAAGCGUCAGGUGCGUUUUUCAGCGCGGCAUGACAUCAUCCUACUGAAGGAAGUUAUCACCCAAAACCCCUUCUCCUCCAAAGAACCAGGACGGAUCUGGGCUCGCAUUGGAGAGAUCAUAACUGCUGCUCUCCAAGAUGAAAACUUUGAGGUGGAUGCCAGAAGAUGUAGAGAGAGGACCAUGCUGCUGCUAGACUACUACAAGAAACAAGACUUUCCCAGUCUGCGCAGAUUUGGAACAGAGAGGUUAUAUGCCCAGAAGGAGGAUCUGCUACACGAGGUGUUGGAGCUGGAGGCUGAGAAGGGGCUCCUGGUCAGCGGGGAAAGCACAAAAUACCAGGUGUCAACAUAUAACCGCCCUCAUCUUUUUAAGGAUGAUGAGCUGAGAAAGAGAGCUAUAGAAGAACUAACUCUGCCAGAACAAGACAAACCCAACAUCACAAUCACAGCCACUGCAGAACCAGAAGAAGAGCGUGAGGUGAUGACAGAGCUUUCAGCGGCUCCGAUGGCCAAACGCCCCUGCCAGUGCUGCUGUCAGACUUACUCUGAGAUUCUCAGUUUCCUGGAGAAACGCUCAGAGGCAGAGCAGCGGCUGCGAGAGGAGGAGCUCGCCCUACGCAGAGAGGAGCUGGAGAUUCAAAGGAGUAAGAUCACUCUGGAGAGGGAACGUCUGGGAGCUGACAGGAAAGAAAGGGAGCGGAGAUUUGAGCUGGAGAGCCAGGAGAGGCAGGUCAUCUUGGACCUGCUGAAAGAGAAGGUGCUGAAAGGCUGACAGAGCAGAAGUAGACCAUGUGCUUUUAAAUACAGUUUUCACAAAAACUCACAACAUUUUGGAAAAGAACGCUGGUGACUUUUCUAAAAAGGAGGAGAAAACAAGGAAAACGUGACGUGAAAGUUCAACAGUUGUUUCUUGCAGGGCAGUGCACACUGACUGUCAUCCUCUGAUGUUCUGAACAGCUGAAUGAGUUCACAAAUGUGUCUGGAGCACAAAGUACUCAAAAAGAUCUGUAUAUAACACAACUGCUGAAAGUGUUUAGGCAAUUUAUGCCUAUACCAGCCAUGCAAGGCAGAUCCAUGUUGUUUCUAACAGACAACCUCAGCAUUUAAUUCCUAAUAGCACAGUCUGCAUGAAGGAUUAAAAGCACUGUAGUUCCUGCGGUGCUACAGUAGAGAUGGAAUGCAGAAAAGGGUGUGGUUCCAUGAAAGGUGUGGUGAUCAACUGAGCCAAAAAUGGCAGACAGGUUCAUCAUGUACCAGGAUGACCUGCAGCACAAAGGCAGAUACAUACUCGUAGGAUUUUAUUUUUCUAUUAGCCUAAAAGAAACUAUUCUUAUUGAUUUAAGGUAGUGAGGGAUGCUGUGUUUUUACUACAAUUAAAAUUCAGGUGCAUCUUUAACUUUUAAAAAUCCUGUAGCAGUGAUACACUAAAGUCUUUAUACAUUCUUUACUUUUUUCAUUCACUUUUACCAAGAAUAAAAAUAUGAUCAAACUUUAUUUUCCCACCUGUAAAUGGACUGUCCAUUGACUUAAUAAGCAUUUUUGUGCUACAAACUGAUAAGCCAUUGAGUGUGUCCCUUAUUUUAUAGAUUAUAUAGAAUUAAUUUUGAUACUUAAAAUAUGAUGAAUACUUACUGUGAUAUCUUGUGUACUUCUUCUGAAGCACUCACAAAAUAGCCUUUGCUCUUCAAAGUAAGAAUACAUUGACCGAUAGAAUAAUCUGUUUUAUGCUUCAAAAUAAAAAAGUAAUCUGUG